UUUUAUUUGGGGCGCUUUUAUUAUAAUGUUUUGUUUAUAAAUUGAAAAAAAGCUCAUAAAUCAUUAUCAAAUUAGGUUACGUCGCAGCUUUUUCAAUCGACGGUUACGCCAUCUGUACCCAAUUUUCCAAGUGCACAACCUCCAUCUCGACGAUUGCGUAAAUGUGUCAUUUUAGUAGUGCACACAAUCCUAACCUUGAAUUGGCCCCGGAAAAAUCGUCCCAAGGCAUCCUCCCACCCCAGCAACCACAAUUUAACCAUGGAAAUUCGUAAAACAAUUCACAAUUUACAGGUAAGUACGAUUAGUAUAAAAGAACAUCAACGCUUGUUUUUUAUUAUCAGGUUAAUGCUAACGUUUUUUAUAAAAACAUAACCUUACUUUUAUAAAAAGUUACUUAAAUUAUAAAAAAAGAUGUUGUCACGAGUCAUUUUUACCGUUUUUGUGGUGAUUUUCGUUUGUGAAGGGGUCCCACUUAAGAAUAUCAUCAGAUCAAAAAGAAACACUUUUAACGAAUUUGGUUUCAACUACGAUUGCGAUUGUAAAUGCGGUGUUACCAAUCGUCAAAUGAGAGUGGUUAACGGCGAACAAUCCCGACCGCACGAAUUUCCAUGGUUGGUAGGACUGUAUAGACGCGGCGAAUAUUAUUGUGGCGGCGCUUUGAUCACUUCCAAACAUAUUUUAACAGCGGCUCAUUGCGUAAAAGGAUUUAACGUGAAAGAUAUAUCGGUUGUUUUGGGAGAUCACGAUCGCGAAGAAACAAACAGAUUGUCCACUAUUGAAGUAAGAAAUGCAAAAAAGAUGAAACCACACGAAAGAUAUGAUAGUAAUAGUUUUAAUAAUGAUAUUGCGUUAAUUGAAUUAGAUGGAAAUGUUGAGUAUGGUGAUAAAAUUCAAAGUAUUUGCUUACCGAUGACCGAUUCUGGAGAUUAUUCUGGCCUUCCAGGAGUUGUUGCAGGUUGGGGGCGACUUGGUGAAAAUAUGGAUACUUCAAGAACAGUAAAAAAAGCGAUUGUUCCGAUAUGGGCUCAAAGUGAUUGCUACAAUUCGGGAUAUGGUGAACAAAAAUUAUCCGAAAAUAUGUUUUGUGCUGGAUACAUUGAUGGGAAAUCGGAUGCUUGUCGAGGUGAUAGUGGUGGUCCAUUGAACGUAAAAACGCCUUUAGGAUAUACUGAGGUUAUUGGAAUUGUUUCUUGGGGUCGAGGAUGCGCCAGACCAAAUCUACCAGGGAUUUACACAAAAGUUAUUAAUUAUUUAGACUGGAUUGGCGAUAAUAUCAAAGGAGAAUGCGUUUGUCCCCCACCACAAGGGAAAAGGGGUCAAUUUUAAUUGAUUAUGGGGGUUAAAUUGAAACUAGUCAUUACCAAAUGUUCUACAUAUAGUUUUAUAUAUGUUUACUUUAAUUUAUUCAUAUAAAUAAAAAGUAAUUUAUAGUCAAUUAAA